AAUCAUACUUAUACCAGGGGAGACUCAUAACGCAACAGUUUUCAAAGGGGGCCAAAGUGUGGAGUCCAAAUACAUCAGCAUCACAGAUAGUGUAAAGCCCAAAGCACCAACAAUCAUCUCAGUGAAUGAAUCCAAAGGGAAUUUUAAAGUUGAGUGGACAGCAAACACUGACGACAACAGUCUCAGAAGCAGCUUGAGUGCUCGAGUGACUUACCAUAAGUAGGGAGACACAAAAGAGGUAUCUGAAAAUAUCACAACAGCCGUAGUUGAUGGACCAAAUUACUAUGAAAUACUUGGUAAACACUUGGAGCCAAGUACAACAUACCUGGUCAGCAUGAAAAGCUACACAAGCAUAAGUGGCCUGUUCAGUGACAGUAGUGAAGAGCAUGAAUUCAGAACUCCUGCAUCCCGUCGCACCCUGCUCUUGGCUGUCAUCAUCUGCCUCAGUAUUGCUGCAGUCAUCAUCGCCAAUGUUACACUGGGCUGUUUUGAAAUCAGUGGGAUGAGUACCGGCUUCUCUUCUGCCAUUAUAGAACCUGCUGACAUCAAGGCCGGCGUUCGGGAUGCCCUCAGUAAAGCCUUCACCCACAUUGGUCCAAGAUCAUCAGUGACAGCCCCUCUGCUCACAGAAUCAAACAAAGACAGUGAUUUGCUCUCCGCUACCUACAAUCCUUGUGUCACAGCUGAUGACUUAAAGAAUUCUCCUCAAUCCACUGACUUUGACAACAUGACCUAUUUGAUACGCAUUCCCAGCUGUCAGAUAAUGAUGAAUAAUUCUGAGAUGUUUUGUGACUCUGUGUACCAUCCCAGUGAAGGUGACAUGAUGACCUGUCCUGACAAGCAAGCACCAGUUUGUCCAGAUCCUGUACAACAAAAUAUCAUUUUACCAGCAGUGGUUUCAUCUCUUAUGCCAACAGACAUGUCGUAUCAGUGCAGUCCUGACAAGCAAGUACCAGUCCAGGAUGGUCAAUGUCUCUCUGAUGACCAAAGACCUUUUCUCUCUUUCAUCUCUGCUAACCUGUCUAUACCAAUAAUCACAGACAGUGACUAUCACAGUGUGUAGUAUUGAGUCAUUUUUAGGGAAAUUCUGCUUUAAUACACAAAUCUGUAACAUGACUGUUUUCAAGACUGUUUUAUACAUUUUUCUACUCUCAGUAAUCUGCUUUGCACCUUAUGAAGGGUUAAUUUUAUAACUGUGUACAAUGUUUUGACUUCUUGGCUACUUUUGAUGUGAAAAGUACAUCAUGUUUUUUUUUAUUAUUAUUUAUUAUAUUUAAUUUUCUUCCUUCUUUAAAAUUAACUGCUUCACAUGACAACAUGUGGAGCAGUUAAUCUGUCACGUUUUACUGUAACUCUGCUUCCAUCUGUUGAUCUGAAAAUGAAUUCUUAAAUGAUUAAUGAAUCAUUGACAUGAUUAUCUUGUAUAAAUGGCUAAAAUAAAAUAAAAUAAAAAAUCCUUUAAA